AUGCGGUUUGGUAGCGCUCUAGCAGGGAUCUUGAUCUCAAUUACCGGCACCAAUGCCGUAGCGCACAACCCCAUCGUUUCCAAUGCUGAGGUAGCUUAUCACCGCAAUUAUCUGUACGUCGGGGGCCAGUAUGUGCAGGACAACUCAGGCGGACAUGUCUUCACUGAUCAGAUGUAUGUGGAGAAACUCACUCCCACGCAAGGAGUGACCAAGGAGCACCCGGUUGUGUUUAUUCAUGGUCAAGCGCAAACCGGCACGAACUGGCUGAACAAGCCCGAUGGUGGAAGCGGCUGGGCUUCCUACUUCCUCUCUCAAGGCUACGAAUGCUACCUGAUCGAUCAGACCUUCCGUGGCCGCAGCCCCUGGUUCCCAAGUAAUGGCACCCUUAAAACCUACAGCGCUGAGAUCUUGCAGCAGCGAUUUACAGCCGCGAAGCAUUACAUGCUCUGGCCCCAGGCCGCGCUGCACACUCAGUGGAACGGUACUGGCAUGAUGGGUGAUCCCGUUUUCGACACCUACUACGCCUCGACUGUGGAGUUCUUUGGAUCCAGUACCGGUCAACAGUAUACCAUGCAGGAGGCCGGUGCGGCAUUGCUGGACCUUAUCGGUCGCCCGGUGGUUCUGCUCUCCCACUCGCAAGGAGGUCUUAUGCCAUGGAUCAUCACUGAUGUACGCCCGGACCUUGUCCACGCCAUCGUGUCCCUGGAACCUACCGGCCCUCCCUUCCAGGAGGCUGUCUUCAGCAACACGUCUUCUCGUCCGUACGGUCUCACGGACAUUCCCCUUACUUUUGAGCCCGCCGUGUCGGAUCCCAAGAAGGACCUUGUGCGCCAGGUUAUCCCCAGCAACUCCACUGCGCAGUCCCCUUGCGUCAUUCAAGCCGAUCACCCGGCGCCUCGCAAGCUUGUUAACCUGCAAAAGGUGCCGACUAUGAUCUUGACCACUGAGUCUUCUUACCAUGCUCCCUAUGACUGGUGCACUGUCAAGUUCUUGCGCCAGGCUGGCGUGCCCACGGAACAUCUGCAGUUGGGUGAGAUUGGCAUCCACGGUAACGGUCACAUGGUGUUCAUGGAGAAAAACAGUGACCAGGUCGCGGAGGUCAUCCAGACGUGGAUUGAGCGCCAGUAACUGGUCUCUUGAGAAGGACUGAUGUGGCUAG